GACUCCAGGAAUUUUUGAAGCUGAACAUGCUCAAAAGAUGCCUAAAGCAUUUCGCUUUGAUCAUUCGACUGUCCGCCGAGUGAAACGGUUCCUCGCUAAAGAAAACCAAAGUUCCACGACACAGGAGCGGGAUUCUCUAAAAAGCGAAGCUCGGUGAUUAGACGUAGGGAUUGCUCCUUCUACGGUCCAGCGAGUUAGACUCGUUCUUCACCAUAAGGAAUAAAGCAUGCUGCGAGAGUGCACAGUGUCCGGGUAGACGGACCGGCGGGACGUAGCCAUUGUCCCUUCCUGUGGAGGUUUCCCUAUGAGGUCUUUAAGAGUUUGUAGGCCAGUCCUAAUAAAAUAUCUCUCCCUCU